UUUUAAUGUUUUUCAUUUAUUUAUAUUAAUGCCAUGAUUAGUUGGCAGCAAUCCUUUGAAAAUAAGAUGUCCAGUGGAUUUGGGGUUUUGGAAUUAAAAUCCUCAUGUUUUAUCAUUUUAAUUUGUAUUUAAUUUUCUAUAUAGACAAUUAUCACAUAAAUGUGACGUUCCCUAAUGUUGCAUUUGUCAAAAUGUAUUGCGACCUUGAGGCGGUGCAGUCGCUUUAUAAGCAGAGUUAGGUCUCUGUUAUUGGAUCGCAGAGACGGAUGCUGUGAACCAAUAGCAUGCAGGACUGUACAAAGAGAUCUACUCCAUCCCCCAUCCAUCCACACCACGGUAACCCUCACAGUGCUCAGAGCUGGAGAGGAGAUGCGCUUAUUCGAAGGCGUCCGGAAUAUAUAUUUUAUUACCAAUUAUUUAAGGAUUAAUUUUAAUUAGAGUGUUCAUACUGGAGAUGGCUUUGUAUGUUGGGUUGUGUUGACGAAUACCUCGGUGGAAAAUAACGUAUUCUAACGGACCGGGGAUGACAAAGACAAUAGGAUACCGAGACUGGAGAUGGCAGGCGCUUUGGUGGCAUCAUUUCUUUCUCUUGUGGAGUACAAUAGACGGACAGACUCGUUACAGCAUCCCGGAGGAACUGAAACAGGGCUCUGUGGUAGGAAAUCUAGCCAAAGAUCUGGGUUUGGGACUAUCAGACAUUCUUGACCGUAAACUGCGUGUCGCCUCGGAGGCUGGUGAGCAGUAUUUCAGCGUGGAUGCGGGGAAGGGCGAGCUGGUGGUGAAUGACAGAAUAGACAGAGAGGCUUUAUGCGGACAAAGCGCCAGCUGUGUUCUACCUCUGCAGGUUGUAACAGAGAAUCCGCUACAACUACACCGGAUAGAAGUAGAAAUAAGGGACAUAAACGACAAUUCUCCGAUUUUUUCAACAGAGGAGCGAUCAUUAAAGAUAGCAGAAUCUACUGCCACAGGCAUACGCUUUCCUUUAGAAACAGCACAGGAUCAGGACGUUGGCAGUAAUUCAGUAAAAUCUUAUACUUUAAGUAAAGAUGAGUGUUUUAGUUUAAGAAUGAAAGAGUUGUCUGGUAAUCGAAAGGUUCCGGAACUAGUGUUGGAGAAAUCUCUUGACAGAGAGAAACAAAGUGUCCAUCAGUUAUUACUGACAGCAUUAGACGGAGGCAGUCCUGUCAAAAGUGGAACCACAAAAAUCAUAGUUACUGUACUCGACAACAACGACAAUGUCCCUGUUUUCAAAAGCCCGUUGUAUAAUAUAACUGUACAUGAAAACAGUGUCGCUGGUUCUGUACUUGUAAAAGUUGAAGCAACAGACGCAGACGAGGGUGUUAAUGGAGAGAUUGAAUACGCAUUUGCUGAGCACACACCGCAAUCAUUGUUGUCCAUUUUUAAUUUACAUUCGGGUACAGGUGAGAUAUCCUUAGUCGGGCCGUUAGAUUAUGAAAGCAGUGCAAUGCAUGAACUAGAUAUUACUGCAAAAGAUAAAGGAGUUCCUGAGAUGGAGGGCCACUGUCGUGUGCAAGUAGUAGUAAUAGACAUUAAUGAUAAUUCCCCAGAAGUAGUUCUCACGUCAAACCCAAACCCAGUGCGUGAGGAUGCACCAAGAGGCACAGUUGUAGCCUUAAUCAGUGCACGAGACAUUGAUUCCGGUGCUAACGGUAAAGUGACGUUAAAACUCGCAAAGGGUUCACCCUUUAGUUUAAAACCAUCAUUUUCUAAUAAUUACGCACUGGUUACCAGUGGUCCUUUAGACCGAGAGACUUUCUCAGAGUAUAAUAUUGAGGUAACAGCCACUGAUUCAGGCUCACCUCCGCUGUCGAGUCAGAAAAUUAUACCUGUCAGCAUCACUGAUGUGAAUGACAACCCUCCUGUAUUCACUCAGCCCUCCUAUAAUGUAUAUUUAAAAGAGAAUGGGGUACCAGGGUCUAUACUGUACUCAGUAUCAGCAUCUGACCUGGAUUUUGGUGAAAACGCCAAAAUCUCUUACUCUAUACUGGACUCUAAAGUGCAGGACGUGUCUGUCUCGUCUUAUGUUUACAUUAACUCAGAUAACGGCAGCAUCUACAGCAUGCACUCGUUUGACUAUGAGAAACUGAAGGUGUUUCAGAUUCAGGUUCAGGCAAAGGACCAGGGCUCUCCGUCUCUCAGCAGCAACGCCACUGUCCACGUGUUUAUCCUGGACCAGAACGACAAUGCCCCCGCUGUUAUUUACCCCUCCUCCGCUGCCCUGGGCUCCCUCUCUCAUCAGAGGAUGCCCCGCUCCGCUAAAGCGGGUCACCUGGUCACUAAGGUGACGGCCGUGGACGCUGACUCGGGCCAUAACGCCUGGAUCUCCUACAGACUGGCGGAGGCCACAGACGCCUCUCUGUUCACCGUCAAUCUGUACACAGGGAGGUGAGGACUAAACGCGCUGCGUCCGAGCAGGACGACUCCUCUCAGAGGCUGCUUAUAGAGAUCAAGGACGACGGGGAACCGGUCCAGUCCGCCACCGUCACGGUGUCCAUCCUGCUGGAGGACGGCCUCCAUGAGCCCAUCUUAGACCUCC